AUGGGGCACAUACUUAGAGCAUGCAAGGCCAAAGGGAAGGGUGGCAAGCAAGAACAGCGAGCAGCGGUAGUGGAACAGGAAUGGGAGUUACCUGAGGAUGAUGAACAGUCACAACAGUAUCAUCACUAUAUGACUCACAAAGUGAGUAAAGAGGAGAUAGUAAAUUUUUUGGAGUCAAACCAGAAGCCUUGGUUCACUCCAGUGAUGAUAGAAAGGAAAAAGCUUGACAUGGAAAUCGACACUGGUGCAUCAGUGUCACUGAUCAGUGAAGCUGUUUGUAGGCAGCUGUGGAAAAAGCAGCGCCCUGCAUUGCGUAAUACAGCCAUUGUCCUGAAGACCUAUACAGGAGAGAAAUUCCUUUGCUGGGGAGGAUCAUCGUCAAGUUUGUGUGGGCGUAACUGGCUGAGUGAGCUGAAAAUGAACUGGCAGGCAUCCCACCAGGUUUUGCGACUGGAUAGAGAGGAGCUGAAUGGUAUCCUGGAGCAGUAUGAGGAGGAAUUUAGAGAUGAACUAGGGCUCCUGAAGGGUGUGGAAGUUAAGAUCCACGUAGACACUCAGGCAACUCCCCGUUUCUAUCGUGCAAGAAAUGUACCACAUGCAAUCAGAGAACAAGUGGAAGAAGCUCUUUGCAAACUGGUGGACGCAGGAAUUGUCGAACCUGUACGGCACUCUGAAUGGGCAGCACCAAUAGUCCCAAUUUUGAAGGCAGAUGGCUCUAUUAGAGUUUGCGGGGAUUAUAAAAUGACAGUCAAUCAAGUAGCAAAACCUGAUAGCUAUCCCCUGCCACGAAUAAAUGACCUUCCUGCACGAUUGGGUGGAGCAAAGGUUUUUAGCAAACUCGACAUGUCACAAGCGUACCAACAGCUGGCACUGGACGAGCAGUCAAAACCCUUUGUCACUAUAAACAUCCACAAGGGGUUAUUUCAAUAUAAUCGAUUACCCUUUGGUGUGUCUGCGGCUCCAGCCAUAUUUCAACGCACAAUGGAGAAUCUGUUACAAGGUAUUGAUGGGGUGGUAGUAUAUCUUGAUGAUAUCCUAGUGACUGGGAAGUGUCAGGAUCAGCAUUUACAGCGGUUAUUUGGCUACCAUUACACUUUCAGGCAUAAACCAGGAAUCAUGAAUGAGGAGUCGCUACCACCCGAAGUUGUUAGUCUCUUGCAUCAGUUGGAAGCUCUCAAAAGUCCUGUAUCCGCAGACGAAAUCAAACGGUGGACACGUGAAGAUCAUGUACUAGCGAGAGUGUUGAAAUACGUGCUGCAAGGAUGGCCCUCUACCUUGCUAGGUGAUUUUGCAGACGCAAUGAAGCCGUACAAGUCUAAGGCAAAUGAAUUGUCAGUGCAAGACGGUUGUGUUCUGUGGGGUGCCCGCGUGUUAGUGCCUGAGAAAGGAAGGCAGGCAGUGCUCACACAACUGCAUGAUGGGCACCCAGGCUGUUCAAGAAUGAAAGGGAUUGCAAGAACCAUAGUUUGGUGGCCAGGAAUUGAUUCUGAAAUAGAAGGAACUGUUCGGAAGUGUCUUACAUGCCAGCAGCAAGCGAGAGCACCGCCAUUAGCUCCACUGUGUGCAUGGGAAUGGCCAGAAAAGCCAUGGUGUAGAUUGCAUGUCGACUAUGCAGGGCCGUUUAUGGGAGCAUACUUUUUGUCAUUGUGGAUGCUCGCACCAAAUGGAUGGAUAUUCACUACACGGGAGUUUGAAGGAUUUAUGAAGGGCAGUGGUAUUAGGCAUGUGCGGACAGCACCCUAUCAUCCCGCCUCUAAUGGCCUUGCAGAGAGGGCAGUACAGUCGUUUAAAGCUGGCAUGCGGAAGCAAUCAUCAGGGUCUGUAAAGACCAAGUUGGCAAAAGUUUUACUCAACUGUCGUACCACUCCGCAUACAACCACUGGAGUGGCACCAGCGCAACUAUUAAUGGGGCGAAGGCUGACAGCUUCCAUAGACAGGCUGUUCCCGGAUGUUUCUAGGAAAGUGGUCCAAAAACAGUUACAACAGAAGAAUUACCAUGACAAGCAUAUUACAUACCGGCCAUUUCAGGUGCAAGACAGAGUAUUUAUCAGGAACUAUGCAAAUGGCCCAAUAUAUGUACCUGGGGUGAUAUUAGCCGCCACGGGUCCACUGUCUUAUGAGUGUCAAUUAGUCGAUGGACGUCGAGUACGCCGACACCAAGAUCAGUUGCGGAAGAGGGAAGUAGAGGUAACACCUCCAGUAGUUAGGAAAGGACUGACUUGUGGUGAAGGACUACCGGAGAUGGUGGACAGUUUUCAGAAGGCACCAGACCCUGUGGUUGCUGGUGGUCCUUUCGAUCUAACACUAGAGGAUUCUCUAGUUACACCAGAAGAGCCAGUGAUCCGGGCACCGAUGUCAAGUCCACCUACAGCAAGUGAAAGGGAACUGUCACCUGAGCCAAUGCCAACGCCGAAAUCGUUAGCUAAAGGUAGUGGGAAGGGUUGUAGUAUCCGGGUGCUGGUCAUUCGGGGGUUUAAUCCUGGUAGUAGAUCUUUCAAUAGCGAACCACGAGACAUUACAACUACUAUAACAACAAGAGAUCUUCGACUCGACCCAGUCUCUCUCGCCCUCGUCAUUCCCCAGAUUGUUAGCAAGACCGACCUUCUCACCGCCCACCCUCGGCAUUCCCCUGAUUGUCAAGUCGACUAA